AUGGCCGCUGAUCCUACUGCUAACCUGCAGUUGUUCUCACCACCAGGCUCUGGGCGCUCUUCACCAGCACCACGAGCAUCGCGCAACGCUGCAGAAGACGCUUUGUACAAGAAAGACAAAUCCUUCCGGCGAUAUGCACUCGGCGUCGAACGAACGCUUGCCCUCUGGGACACAGCGCAGCAGGAAUGGGCAGACUAUAUCUCUUUCCUGGGCCGCCUGCUGAAGGCCCUGCAAGCGCAUCCCUCCGAGACGCCUGUCAUUCCACAUAGCGAUACAGUCGCACUGCGAUUAGCGCAGUGCUUGAAUCCAGCAUUACCCUCAGGUGUUCACCAGAAAGUCCUCGAGGUUUAUGCUUACAUCUUCACAACCAUUGAAGAAGAUGCCCUUGCCCGUGACCUGAACCUCUACCUGCCAGGCCUCGCUACGACCCUGUCCUUUGCCUCGCUCUCAGUGCGCCCACUCUUCCUCUCGAUCUUCGAAAACCACAUCCUGAAACUCGACGGCGCUGCGCUACGGCCGGCUCUGAAGGCCAUCAUACUGUCUCUGCUACCAGGCCUCGAGGAUGAGACGAGCGAGGAUUUUGAGCGCAUGGUGUCAGCGCUCGAUAGACUACGGACAGCUGUUCAAGAUCAGACGAACGACAUGGCAGAUGCGAAAAGCAACAACGGGCAUGCAUCCCAUUUCUGGCAGUGCUUCUUCCUUGCGAGCAUAACGAACGCCUCGAGGAGGCAAGGUGCACUUGCCUUUCUGACUCGCAGACUUCCCAAGCUUGGUCUGCCAGCUUCUAGGAAUGGGACAAAAAAUGCAAGUUUACCCCUCGAAGCUGAGGCGGCUGUUCAUCCAGAACCAGGACUGUUGAUUCGGUGCUUCGAAUCAGGCCUUUCAGACCAGCAGCUUCUAAUCCAGAGAGGCUUCCUCGACCUGAUCGUUAGCCAUCUGCCGCUCGAUUCUCCUGUCCUGCAGCAACGUAUCAGCAAAGCAGACCUCGAGCGCCUCGUGGCUGCUGCUGCUGGUGUAGUAUCGCGCAGGGAUAUGAGCUUGAACCGAAGGCUGUGGGCAUGGUUCCUUGGGCCAGAUCCUUCUGCUGCUGAGGUCAACGAUGGUGCUGAGUCGCCCACUCAGGAACGACACAACACGGCGGCAGAUCCCUCCACUGUUCACGCGGCCUACUUCUCCCGCUACGGUUUGGCUGCGUUGACAACUAGUGUGCUGAAGAUGAUCAACCGUCGCACAAAAACUCCCGCUGAGCGCGCACGACCUUUUCGAGUUUGUCUGUCACUCAUGGACCGUUGGGAAGUUGGUGGCUUGAUUGUCCCUGAGCUGUUCUUACCCGCACUACAGAGUGUUCAGACUUACAGCGAGCAUGCAUCGAAGGAACAAGUGGAUGAGGUCAUGAGAAGCGCCAGUGCAUUCUUCGAUGGCGUCGACAGUGGCCUCAUCUGGGGUAAAUUGACCCAUCUUGUCACUUCAUCUCUAGACGGAUCAACCACGAAGCAAGAGGCAUUGCGGCAAAUGAAGCUCGCCAAGUUCGUCCUCGCACGUUUCAACCUCAAGGAGGAAGAUAUGCUACUUCAUCAUAUGCCAUUGAUGAUUGUCGCUACCCUUACUUCACUUGGCAAAAUCUCCCAAGAUCGCAACCCGCAGGCUAUCGAUGUUGAGGUCAUUGCCUUGGCUCUUGAGAUAGCUGAUUCCCUUGUUCAGGUUGUGCCGGAUCGAGCCUUGAGGUUCGAGCAAGCCUCAAAUGAGCAGCCAGUGGCCGAUACCCUGGAUGCAUCGAGGAUUCAAGUGCUGCAGCAGAUCUCAACCUUCUACGAAGACGCCCAGGCUGGCCUAGAAUCAGCGGAGCGCCUCUACGAACCCGUUGUAGUGGGUCGCAUCGCUCUGCGACAGGCUUCACACAUAAUGCUCGCCACACUUCAAGCAGAUGGGUGGUCGUACUCGCCAGAGAUACCUUCCAAAAUCUUGGCUAACCUAGUUGUGAAGAUACAAGAUCUGAACGCUAUCGAUGAUUUCGACUUCUCUUCCGUCCUUAAGGAAUCUCUCUCAACACCAGAUUCUGUCAGGACUGUGCCGUUCUCUCACCUGAGUGCCAUUGCUGGCAUACUUCUGGCAUUGCAGGUGGCUCGCCCGUCGCAACCGUAUAUCCCGACUUCGAACUUGUCAGAGCUCUUGCAUCAGCUGGUUGCCUGCUUGUGGCAUUAUCUGUCGCCGACGAUGCCAAAGUACCAUGUCGAAGCCACUCUGUGUAUAUUGCAGCUGCACUCUAUCUCGCCAUCUGGUCGCUUGGUUGAGGCCGCUAUCUCCGCGAUUGUAGCAAAGCAGAUUCUGCGCUCGAGCACUGCACCAAUCUCAGACUACGGUCGGCGAUUUGCAGUAAUCUGGACACAUACCAUGCACGAGCUGAGUCUACAAUCAGAGAAGCGUGGCAGUGUGACCCGACGCGCAAGUGGAAUGGCUUUGCCGGCUCCCACGCUCUCGCCAGGAACAUUCCAUUCAGUGCUGACUAGACCACUGCUUCUCCUUCUGGAUACCCUAGCUGAGGAAGGUACAGAGACAUCUACCUUCAUGGAGAGUUGGCUCCUCGACCUUCCUACUCUUAACAGAGUCUUUGAGGUGUUGGCAGUGCACCUUCAGUCCUUGCAUUGUUUGGCAGCCACCGAGAAUCUAGGCCCUGAAAAGGAUGCUAAGUCAAUGCAGACUGCAAGAGCGGUAGAUGAUACAAGAGAAUGCCUGUAUUAUCUAGGACACGUCUUUUACAUGCUGAAAAGGCCUUCGCAGUUCACCUGGGGAACACUCGCACAGACAGCUGCUACAUGGGACAAGAAUUUGGCCAAUCGAAUGUCCCUUCAAGAAUGGCUAAUCCGGAAGUGCCUUGGUGCCCUAUCGAUUCAAGCCAGUGUUGCAGGCGCAACUCUCGAACCCCAUAUCCAUGAGCUGCAUCGGAUAGCUAUCUCCAUCAUCUCGCAGAUCUACCAGAGUCCAUUCGCCCCAACUCUGAGGGACCUGGAAAUUGAAGUACCGCUUAUGAUCAGGCUCAGAACCGCGGUGCCCUCUCUGCAGAGCCUCUUGCUCGGUGCAAUCCUAUCUGCUCUCCGUAUACGACUCAUACAACCCUCCGAAGAAAAAGCACAGGAGCUGAAACCACCACAAAAUGCCGCUCAGAGAUCAAGGCUGUCAUUAGCUUUGAACAGAGACUCUGUAGAUCUCGCGCCGCCGCCUAUUCCUCCGCCUUCCCAACUAGUCGAAUGCCUCAAAUUUGGAUUUUCAUCGCCAUUCAGUCGGCUUGUGCUCGAUGGUUGGGUGCAGUUCCUUAUCGAGGUUCUGCCCAUGUUUGCCGAUACCAUCUUCCAGAAUCUGCUGCCUCUGGUUGAGUGCUUCUGCAAAGAGAUCAAUGGGACAUUCGAUCUGCUGAAGACAACAUUUGCAAGACACGAGUCAGUAGACGGCACAUCCCCUGAGACUACACUCAUUUCUUUGAUCAAUGGCUUGGAGCAGAUCUUGGCUAAGGCACAUGACCGUCUGAUGAUUCAGGAGACCCAGGCCUCUGCCACCAAGUCACCCGAGGCUCCUCAAGGAUUUUUCAGCAACGUGGUAUCCGGUGUCUUCGCGCCAGAAGCCAACCAAACAAGAACACCAACCGCCAAUAGUAGGCUUACGGUUCUACUCUGCUUCCAGGAUACCGUGCGCAUUUGUUUCGCCAUCUGGUCUUGGGGCGGAUUUUCACAAGAUCGUCAGGACCCAACAUCGGUGUCGUCCUUCAGCUACACAUCGCUGCGUAUGCGCAAUCGAGCAAGACGAAUCCUGGAACACCUUUUCGCUGCUGAGGCAUUGGAGUGCCUUGAGACUCUAGUAGUGUUAUGGGCUCAAACGACUCAGGAAGACACACACGAGACAGCUGUUAUGGGCCUUCUCAACGUACUGAACGGCUCAAGACCGAAGCUCACAAUUCCAGCGAUCUUCAACGCAGUGUAUAGUCGCACGGAUCCGAAUGCGCUGGAUCCUAACCGUAUGUCUACCUUGACCUCAGAUUUGUCCGACACAGAUCUCGUUGCAUUCCUGGUAGAGUAUACUAGAUCACUCGAAGACGAUGCCAUGGGAGAAAUCUGGCAAGAUUGUACAAUGUUCUUGCGCGACGUUCUUGCGAAUCCUCUACCUCAUCGACAAAUAUUACCGACUCUGCUCGAGUUCACCGCUGUCAUAGGUCAGAAAGUUGACAACACGACAUUUGGUGAGCAGCGAAAGAUGAGGAGAGAGCUUGCGGAUAUAUUUGCACGAAUCCUGACAGCGACAUUCACGACCCGCCCAAUGGGCUACGCGCAAGACACGAACCAUUCCACAACGGGCACAAAGACACCCUCGAUCACGAACAGCACCCGAGCGCAGAAGAGAGCUUCCGAUGUUGUAGCUAUACUCACGUCCAUUGUGCCCAGCCUGCCUAUCAUUCUUGCAGAUAUCGAUCGUGUCACAAAGGUAGUCUCUGACAUAUCCACAUCAGUCAUCGGCCCUACCUUCCGUGCGAAGUCAUUCCCAGACAAUGUGUCUACCAAUACUUUGGACCUCCUUCACCAGUUGACAAAGGUGGCACAGGGGAGCAAGCUGCUGAAGAAGGAAAUUUACGAUGCCUUCAAUGAUUCAAAAUUCUUCAACACACCCGUCGAUCUGAUACGGGAUGCAUGGCUACCCAUUCUGUCGCAGUGGACACAGUCCGACAAGGAGCGUGUACCCGAGCUUCUGUCACGGCUGACCGCACCGACAACAGCAGGCAUCAUGUUUGGCGUCGGUGCUGCAUCUGCACGACAGGAAGCUGACCGCAAAGCACAAACCACACUACGGAGAAUCUCGCUCCUCAUCCUCGCUAGUCCAGAAGACGCGUUCACAUCCAACAUCCCGCAAAUCCUCGAGAAGAUCGUCGAGCUUCUCACAGCAACACCAGCGUCAUCGCCCUCAUCAGUCACACGCGCAGAUGUCUUCGUACUACUGCGCUCUGUCAUCCUGAAAACAUCGCCCAUCCACCUGGCCUCCAUUUGGCCCAUCGUCAACGGCGAGCUGACGUCCAGCUUAUCGUCGCUGUUGCCAGAUGCGAGCAAUAAAGAGCACUACAACAACGCCGGCAUAAUCCAAGCCUGCAAACUGCUAGACGAGCUCGUGGUCCUCGACCCAGACGACUUCCAGCUCAUCGAAUGGCUCUUCCUCACCGACACUAUCGACGCUGUCUACAAACCGUCCACACCACCCACUCUUCUAUCGCUCACAGAUGAAAUCAACGAAGUACUCACUCAGACAUCGUCUACGCCUCUAAUCACGCCUGCGAUGCAGAAUGAGACGGAGGGUGAGCCAAUGAGAACGUUGUUCUUGGAUACGCUGAUCAAGGCGCUUGAGGUGGAGGAGGAUGCUGCAGUGCUGGAUAUGGCCAGGGGAGAACUGGUGGAUAGGGCUGUUAGGCCGUUUUUGGGCGGGUUGGCGAUGGGUGCUUUUGAGGCUAGGUACGGUGGGGGUGAGGCGGAUUGGAGGGGGGUUUGGGAGAGUGUUGUUAGAGAUGCUGCGAUUUGA